GUUGUUGUCAAAUUUUCUGAUAUACAUGUUCUUAGAGUAAUUAAAAGUCUCAGCAUAGUAAUACUUAAGUUUCUUCUGACUUACAAGUGCUGAUUUUCAUAACAUAGUUGAUCUCGUCAUCAAAUAAAUCAAGCUCUAAUAUCUGAGUCUUUCCUUUAAUGUAAAGCACCUGUGUGUAAGGGUGUACAACAAAAUAAAAAACAUAAAAAGGAUACAACUCUCAGUAUUUUUGAUGUUUUCCGUUUGUACAUCUGAAGUGGCUUACUGGUUGCGAGUGUUUAGCUCAAAUACACGAGAUAAUGGUGACCAAGUAGCUAAAGAGUUAAAUCAAAGCCCUGUGAAUGGUCUCGUCAACAGCAUGUACUCUCAAUAUAUGUCUAAGCAGCUAUUGUCACACAUUGCUUCUGAUGCGACGCUUAAACCAUUGGGCCACUUUGCUGAAGCAAACAAUGUUCCUAAUUAUACCAAUAUAUCCAGGGGAUUAUGUCGAGCAAGAUAAGGGAAAGAACAUGCUCGUGUACAAGUUGUUCCUCAUCAUGGAGGUUGACGUGAUCUCACUUGAUGAAGCUGCAAAGUUCCUCCUUGGAGAAGGCCAUGAGGAGUCCAAUAUAAGAAGAGAUUGCAUUGCCAAUAUGUUGUCUUCACUGAAGCUCAUUGAGAAGGUAGGCUGUAAUAAAAUUACUUACAAGCCGGCUGCACUUGAAUGACAAGCGAUGUUUCUGAAUC